GCUAUGCAGAGCCUCGGGGACAUUGCCCGCAAGGAGACUGGGCGUCCGAAGAGCUCUAGCUCGAGGUGGGGCCCACUGCUCGCCAGCUCCUCCCAAACAGAGUCCUCGGGCAGCCUAAGGGCGGGCGGCGGGAACCCAUUCACCGAUGGACACAGACUCCCACCCCGACAUACAUCCCCCUACAGACCCCUUCCCACGGAGGGAGCCCCCCUCUCCUUGGUCCCCCUUCCCGGACUCCGCUUCCCAACUCAGACAGAUCUAGGCACCAGCUGUAGCGCGCCGCUUCAAGCAGUCCCCCGCUGCCCCGGUGCAGCAGAAACGUUCCUCUCCGUACAGCAGCCCGGCUCUGCCCCAGCCCAAGGAGCGCGCCCCUCGGCUGAGCAGCCGAGCGCUUCCGGCGGAGCUGGCAGCGGGUGUGUUUCCAUUGCUACGGGAAGUUCCGGGUUAGGGCGGUGAACGGCCCUAGGGCGGCGGAGACUCGUGUGAGGUUCCGUGCGUUGGGAACUAGUCCGGGCUGGGAAGCUUGGUGCCUGAGGGGAGGAAAGAAAGAAGGGGGAGGAAGAGGAGACCGUGGGGGCAGUAGCAUCAGCAUCUCUCUGGUGCCGUCUGUGCUGAGCCUGCCGGUCUGGCCCGUGAGCUGCCACUGCCAUGGCUCGUAAGAAGCUGUACCGCCCAAUCGCCGCCAUGGCCAAGAAGAUUCGUGAGUAUCGGGCACUGAAGAACCGUCCCCGAGACUCCCAGCGCUUCGCCCUGGAUUACGAGACCAUGAUCCGACCCUUCACGAACAAACGCCUGCCCGUGCUGGCCUGGGAGGAUGUGAAGAACGAGAACCGCCUCUUCACGCUGCUUUGCCAGCUGCGGCUCUUUGGCAUCGGCCGCAUGGUCACCCGCAAGUAUUGGCUCUGGCAGUAUGACGAGCCCUGCUACUGGGUCGUUACCAAGGUCAGGGUGGACUACACAGCUGAGACUUUGGAUCAUGGGAAAGCCUGGGGAUACCUGACAUUCAGAGGCAAGACGUAUAAUGAAGUGAAAGAGAUUGACAAGGUGAUGUAUCAUGACUGGAGGAUGGUGCCCAAACAUGAAGAGGAGGCCUUCAAGAAAUGUACUCCAGUGUGCAUGGAAACCAUUCAGUGUGUGCCAUACCCCCCUCUACUCCGAGCCAUGAUCCUUGCGCAAAGGCAGAAGGAAGGAAACCUUAACACAGAGGAACCACUGAUUGAUCUGGAGAAAAUCAUCUCCUUCACAAAGGACUACUUUCAAAAUCAGAAAAAAGCUAAGGGGACACCAGUGUGAAGGUCUAGAGCUGAGUGUGAUGGAGCUUCUGAAAUGCUCUCUAAUACUCUGUGUGUUGACAGCUCAUACAAUCUCCUUAAUGAAGAAUAGGACCAUAAGCCACAUGCCCACUUCUAUACCUUGGUUUCUCAGUACCGUGCUCAUGCAGGUGUGCGACUUUCUCAUAUAUUCAGAAAGAUGUAGAGACACUCAGGAUUUCUAGCAAUCUUUUGUUUGCAGAGUGUCCUCCCUUUUGGUUCCCUGUCUUUUCUCCUGAUGUAUGCCUCCUGGUGUCCAGGUCCCAAUGACAGCUACCAUCCUUCUGUGCAGGAAGACCACAAAUGAGACUCUUUCUGAAAGGACACUGUCAUAGUUUAGCCCCACAAUUAAUUUAAAGCACAAUAAUGGUCAGAAGAAUGACUCUAAAAAUGGCACCUUCUUUAUCUAUAGACCUUGCUACCCAUCUAAUGACUUCAGUAAAUACAUGUCUUGUGGACCAUCAGCAGAAGUGUUAAUUAAAUUCCAAUUUUAGAAUCCUUUGCCUUGACACAGAAAGGCAUCACCUCAGCUGCACCCGAACCAAGCCUAUAAAUACCACUCACUUCAGCCAGGAUUGUGAAGUUGAUGGGCAAAAUGGAGAGAACCCACCUUAACUUUCUGAUACCACAUUGUUUGCCAAGUUGGCAGUGGGAAAGAAGAACCCAUCUUUUUUUUCUUGUAAACUGAGUAAAAGUUCCAACUCCUUUUGAAGUCAGUGGCAAGCUACCAUUUGCUUCAGUGGGAGCACUUUGCAAUGGAAGUCACAGAGACAAUAAACAUGGAAUGCCCCAAUCCUAUUUUUGGAGUCACUUAUGAGAACAAAACUACUCUUAGACCCUCCCCCUGCAGUGUUUGCAGCAUUCUAGGCCAUCAGACUUCAGCCCUAAAACUUGCUAGAAACCAACCAAGAAGAGCAAAGUGGAUAUAUUUAAACCAAUAACAUAAAUGAUGAUAAAUAUAUUAGAUUUUUACAAUCGUUUUCUGUGAUCUUAUGUGGUAUUGGUGAUACAAUAAAGAAAUGUCAGUAACA